AUGGCCGGGGCAUCAAGCUUCUUGCAAUCCCGCCAGCCAGAGCAGGUCUUCACCAUUGGAGGCGACUGCUCGGUGGACCUGGCCCCUAUGAGUUACUUGCGGUGGCGCUACCCCAAGCUCCUAGUGGCCUACAUCGAUGCCCAUGCAGAUCUCAAUGCGGAGUGGGAGUCGCCCUCGGGGCACUUCCAUGGGAUGAGCCUCCGAGCGUUGCUGGGUACUGCACCUGAAGACUUGCAGCCCCGGGUGCCGCUGGAGGCAGCUCGCUUGGCUUUGCUCGGUGCCCGCGAGUUGGACUCUUCUGAGCAGGUGUUUGUGGAAAAGAAUGAGGUGCGGUUAUUGAGCACAGCUGAUUUGAAAGUCCAGGAUGCAGCCCAGGUGCUGGUUGACAUGGCUGGCGACGGCGUGGUGCACGUCCACCUGGAUUUGGACGUCCUGGAUCCCGUGGAGUUUCCUCAUGUGAACGUGCCAGCCGAAGGAGGCCUCAGUGUGCAGCAGUUGCUGCGCCUCUUGCACAGCAUCUCCGCUGCCUUCCCUGGCCGUAUUUGUGGGGUGACCCUGACGGAGUUUCGGCCACGUGGCCAGGUGAAGGGUCUUGACAAGUUGCUGGAGAGCUUUAUGGGGCCCGACGGCCUAGAUCUUGCCAAGCAGGUGGCCAGCUGGCGUUCAGUGAGCAGAGAGUGA